GUACUUCAUGUUGUAUUCAGUAGAUUCUGAGUGUUUGUAUGUUUGUGUCUGUAGGCUGUAAUCUCACUGCUCAAACUAAAUAUGAAUUCAUUGGACAUCCUGGUGGUUCAGUUCUGUUACCCUGCUCCUGCUCUGACCUGCACACCAAACCUCACACAUUCACCUGGAUGUCCUACAGAACAGGACGUCUGAAUGACAUGUUAAAUGAUGAACACUACCGUGACAGAUUUCAGCUGUUUAAUAACAUUUCUUCUGGUAAUCUGUCUCUGCUCAUAUCUGACCUGAGACUAGAGGAUGAUGUAGACUACAGGUGCAUCACUGAGAAGGAACACAGAGACAUGAAUAUUAAUGUUAAAGGAGGAAGAAGAGAAACUUCAACACGCUCAGGGAAAACAGACAGAAGACCUCCAUCAGAACAGCCUCCAAGAACAUGUGGAGAGAACGGGAUUACUGAAGGACGUCCGGACUGUAAGGGAAAGCCAACAGAUCAGGCUGUGAUCUCUCUGGUGAUGAGACAGUAGAAAUUAUACAACAUCAAGGUGGUUCAGUUCUGUUACCCUGCUCCUGCUCUGACCUGCACACCAAACCUCACACAUUCACCUGGAUGUCCUACAGAACAGGACAUGUGAAUGACAUGUUAAAUGAUGAGCACUAUCGUGACAGACUUCAGCUGUUUAAUAAAUCUUCUCCUGGUAACCUGUCUCUGCUCAUAUCUGACCUGAGAGAAGAGGAUCAGGGAGACUACAGGUGCAGCACUGAGAAGGGACACAGAGACAUCAGGAUUUAUGUUAAAGGCUGUGAUCUCUCUGCUGAAACUAAAUAUGAUUACAUUGGACAUCCUGGUGGUUCAGUUCUGUUACUCUGCUCCUGCUCUGACCUGCACACCAAACCUCACACAUUCACCUGGAUGUCCUACAUAAGAAGAGGUCUGACUGACAUGUUAAAUGAUGAACACUACCAUGGCAGACUUCAGCUGUUUAAUAACACUUCUCCUGGUAAUCUGUCACUGCUCAUAUCUGACCUGAGAGAAGAGGAUGCAGUAGACUACAGGUGCAGCAUUGAGAAGGGACACAGAGGCAUGAGGAUUUAUGUUAAAGGUUGUGAUCUCUCUGAUAAUGAGACAGUAAAAAUUAUACAACAUCAAGGUGGUUCAGUUCUGUUACCCUGCUCCUGCUCUGACCUGAACAUCAAACCUCACACAUUCACCUGGAUGUCCUACAGAACAGGACGUCUAAAUGACAUGUUAAAUGAUGAACACUAUCGUGACAGACUUCAGCUGUUUAAUCACAGUUCUCCUGGUAAUCUGUCUCUGCUCAUAUCUGACCUGAGAGAAGAGGAUCAGGGAGACUACAGGUGCAGAACAGAGAAGGGACACAGAGACAUCAGGAUUUAUGUUAAAGGCUGUGAACUGGUGAAGGAGACAGAUGUAGAGUCGAUAACUGUGUUCACAGGAGAGUCUGUAGUUCUGCCCUGUGUCUGCACUGACCUACAGGAUAAACCAAAGUCUCUUAAAUGGGACUUUUCUAUACCAACAGAGACUGGAAGAAAUCGUUAUCAAGAAAUUUACCCUGAACAGACUGGACAUCACAGAAACAGAGUGAAACUGAUCAGUAAAAGCUCUCCAGGAAACCUCUCUCUACUCGUAUCAGACCUGACUGAACAGGACCAGGGACUCUACACGUGUUCUGUACAGGCAGAAAGAAAGGAUUUCAGACUAUAUGUUAAAGGAACAUGUGGAGAGAACGGGAUUACUGAAGGACGUCCGGACUGUAAGGGAAAGCCAACAGAUCAGGCUGUGAUCUCUCUGCUCAAACUAAAUAUGAAUACAAUGGACAUCCUGGUGGUUCAGUUCUGUUACUCUGCUCCUGCUCUGACCUGCACACCAAACCUCACACAUUCACCUGGAUGGCCUACAGAACAGGACGUCUGACUGACAUGUUAAAUGAUGAACACUACCGUGGCAGACUUCAGCUGUUUAAUCACAUUUCUCCUGGUAAUCUGUCUCUGCUCAUAUCUGACCUGAGAGAAGAGGAUGCAGUAGACUACAGGUGCAGAACUGAGAAGGAACAU